UUUGGAAACAGCUCAUCCGGAAGGGCAUUGCAACGGCUGUGGCAGGAGAAGCGAACAAAGCAAGAAAAGAAAACCCUUAAGGGGAGGGAAUGGCUUAAUCGAUAGCGGAGCGCAUGAUUGGGUGAGAGGGCUGGAUGAGAAUCGUUGAUUACGACAUCCUGAACUGCCCUCGAAGCUUCCUCGAGCGGCGAGACAGAAAUAGAAUGCUUCUUCGCGAGCUCUUAGAAGAUGUCUCUCACGUAAAACAUAACUGCAAUGCUUGCCUUCCACUCCAACAGAAUUUACUUUUUAAAUAUAUAUAUCCUUUCAGAAAAACAUUCAAUGUACUUAAACUACUCUGUUGGUCAACCGUCGGUGGAUGUUUUGGAUACUUGAAUAAGCUCACUAAAGCCGGUGUAGGAAGAGGCACAGUACAUAAACGAGUUCUGCAUCGUACCUGGUGCCAACAUGAAGAGGCUUCGCUUCAGCACAGUUACGGCGAAGGUAUCUCAUUCCCCCUGGCCGGGAGCCAGGUUGUUAUUGGUUGUUACAACCUCAGGCGAGGAUGCGUGGACCCCCCUUUUAUUGCAUUCCAACUUCUAAGCGAGGAUUUUACUCAGAGGGUGACACCUUGGUGACCCCUUUGCUUUGCAUGCAUGCAAAAGGGAACUUGUACCAAUUCAGAGAAGUGAGCUCGGAAUUGUAGGUUGCGAAACAAAGGGAGCAAGAACAGAAGUGAAGUUACAAUUUAAAGAUUCUAUUGUCAUACAGCUCUUCCUCAGCCAGCUAUCUUGACAUGCCUAGCACACGCCAUGUCGAACAGGCCUUUUGUUACAUA